GACAGUCACUUCCCUUCCUGCCUUCCUUGAGGGAAGUGAGGCAGAUAAGACGCUACCAGAAGUCAAAUCCUGACCAUAAAGAAACCAGCUACAGAACCGCAGUUUCACUGCAAAGUCCUAGAAAAGACUCAGGUACCCGGCACCUCCGAAAAGCGUAAAAAAGGGACUUUUCCUGGCUAGAGGAUCAAGGAUUCAUCAGACGUUGCAGGUCGGCAGGACAAUGAGGAUCUUCCCCAUGUUUGGCUGGAUGCUCCUUCUAGGCUGCUGCGCAGGAAUAGACCUUCUGUCACUGACAGAUCCCGACGCAGUGACGGGCCCGGAGACAGUGACGGGACCUGAAGGACGUUCGGUGUCUGUGAUGUGCCACUAUAAGAAAGGCUAUGAAAAGUAUCCAAAAUUCUGGUGCAGAGACAACCUGCUAUCGUGCUUGGGCAGCCACAUCAUAGAUACCACAGGGUCGGAGGCUGAGGUGUGGCACGACCGAUUCUCCAUCCAGGACAACCACACCCAGCGCACCAUCACGGUGACCGUGGAGAACCUGGUCAUGGCGGACACCGGCACCUACCUGUGCGGGGUGGCAAGGGCACUGAGAGUUGAUCCCACACACCCUGUGUACCUGCUUGUGUCUCCAGCAGAAUGGACACAGAUGCCCCCAGAGUGCUCAUCUCCUUCUUCCUCCACAACGCCGGCCUCACCAUGGACAACUGCUGAGAAAGAACAUGACUUCGCUAGCCACCACACCACUCCGACAGGGUCUGCAGAUAUCCCAAUCUACAUCCUGGUACUGUGCACCCUGCUGGUUCUCAUCUUGCUUUUAGUCGCAAUUGCAGUGUUGAUCUUUAUCUCCAGAAGGAAAAGAAAAGGAUCAUCUGUGCAGAUGGCCAGGAAAACCAACCACUCAGAUUUGGAUUCAGAAAAGAAAGACGAGAUUGCUUAUGCCACCGUGACAAUAUCCACCCCAAACCAGCAUGCCAUCUACAGCAAUGUAGAGCAGCUCUCCAAGGCGACGGGCUCAGCCAGUCUCCCAGAGGAAACCCUGUACACGACGGUGAAAAGCAAGACAUAAGUGCGGACAGGAAAAGGACAGUUUUGCACUCGGCUCCUCUGUUUCUACCUGGAAAACUUCACAGGAACAGAUUGUAGAAGCAAUUCUGACCUAGACAAACUCCAACAACUGCUGUGGGUGCAGAACAGACAGACUUGCUCACAGUGGCUCUUGAAUCUCAACGUGUAAUCGCUUGGUUUAUAAUCUGGACAGGCAGCAGGCUGGAACAAAGCAGCUGUAAUCAUGCGCCAAGAAGAGAUUUCUGGCAGGCAGCUACUGAGAUUACAGACACUGAAACCACACAAGUGUCAUUCAGGAGAACAACGAAGAAAGUUUGUGCCUCUGUUGAACUGCACGCACCUUGUGCAAGAAGGGAACUUGCACAAGAAGGCACUGAGUGUUUGCAUUUAGCAUCGUAUUGGAAAAAACAGGUUUGCUCAGCUCAUGAAACAUGGACACUGGACAUUGUAGACAGGAGAUUACUCUGGGCUGAGUAAUGUACUCAACCCAGAGUAAGUAAAAUUUCUGAGUAAAUGUAAUUUUGGAGUCCAAACAAUGUUUCUUCUGGUCCUCGGAGGUUUGCAGACAGGGAAAGACCCCUAACACUGUUCUCUCCUCAGGCACUAAGCCACUCAAUACAGAUUGUUGUGAAUGCGGCCAAAGAGCAGCACAUCUAGAUCUUUAGUGGCUUGAUGGUAGAUGCUAUGUGGGUGAUGGACGAAAACUGCAGGAGAAAGAGCGCAGUUGUGCCCAUCGCUACUCCCACAAUAAAGGGAAUGGGAAACAGAUAAGGCACCAGGGACAGGGAAGGGGAAGGCUGCUUACUUUCUCACAGGGUUCGAGGUAAUUAAAACUACCAGGAUCUAGAAUCAAAUCAAGUCCGAGCUCAUAAGAAAACCUCAAAACCCACAGAGCUUAAUUUACCCUGGUUGAAUGCAUGGUGUUUCACUGGCACCUGCAGAGAGAAGGAGAGGUGCCGGGAAGCCAUGAGACCUUGGGGUGGGCUGCAUGCCUGUUUGGUUGGCAGGCCGGGCAUUAACAUGCCUGUUAAAGCUUCCUGUCCUAGGACCAUGUUUUCAAUUGCUUACGGCUGCCAAAGUUUAACCACUCAAGCUUAAGUUUUCCAUGUCUAGCAUCUACCUUAGACUGAAUUACUUCUGAAUGUUUUGGUCAAAACAGUUCAACAGCUGCUGAGAACAAGGCUGAGGGAAUAUAAAUUGUCCAGAUGCUUUUAGUUUGGAAAAGGAAAUUAGAAGGAGGUGCCUGGGUUGCUGACUACUGUCCUUUGCUUUUUCAGACAAUACAGCAUGGAAUACCUUUCCAUAAGAUGAUAAGUUCCCUUAUAAAGCAAGGGAGAUUCCUUGGCUCCAAAACCCUUUCUGGAGUGGAGUUGUACAAUUUCACUACUCGGAUGGAUUUGAAUUUGCUGUCUGAAUGUAUUAAUUGCCUACUAUACUCAUUAACUGCCAACAUUGUGCUUUAGCUUAGGUAAGCUGUCCCCUCUCUAACAAGGGGAUUCCAAGUCUCCUCCACAUUCAAGUCUCACAACUGUCCGAUCCAACUGACUUCACAAGUAACUUCCUUAGCUUGUUAUGGUUUGUUCUUCUGAAAUAAAAAAAACCC